ACGGGGGAAGAAACCGGAGUACCCGAAGAAAACUCCUGACGCCCAUAGAGAGAGUGUCCCGAGACGAGAUCCGAACCCCGGGUUUCUCACUGCAGUUCACACCACAGUCCUUGAGCUCUUGUACGCCAGCCGAAGCCAUGUUAGAUAACUCCUGAGAACUCCUGAAACUGCAAGAGUUAUCCCUACCUCGACAGAACCCUUAGAUACCAAAGAGGUUUGUUCUACAUAGAAAUACACAGGCACAUCGAGAUCAGCGAUGCCGAAAGUUAGACCUCUCGCCCAGCAGCGCAAAAAGCGUGUACACUUGGCAAAGGCAUCGCCAUUUCCUAUUCCUAUAGCAACAAUAACUGGGGAAUCGGCCAACAAUGGACACUGGCUCUACUACAAGGGAACUCUAGGAGCAUACAGUGUUGUGGUUCAUCAUUCUGGUGAUAUGGACUUCUUGUACAGGAUGGGCUUUUUUGGGAAAGGUGAAAUGUCACGAGGGCAGCCACAAUGGCAGGAGCGAUGUCGAAUGGUGACACUGUCAGCAGAUAGCUUACGUAAGAACAGUCAAGGCAGAGCUUUGCGUUGUAGAGUGAUGAGCCGACGUCAGUAUAUGAUGCACCUUAAGUGGCAGUUACUGUGUCAGGGUAAGCUGGAAGCAGUCAAUGAAAUCUGUGAAGAAGAGAAUAAUGUCAUCUGUGAGAGGGCAGAAUCCUUCAAAGGCCUUGAAAGCACUGAAUCAAAAGGCCAUUUUGAAAAAGAGUCAUGUUGUAUUCAUCCAGAUGACCAUGAUCAUGAAAUGAGUGAUGAAGAGAUAUAUACUAAAGAAACAACAGAAGCUUUAGGAGAGUUUUCGGAUUUGAGAAGCACUUCUAAUUUUCAGGCCAUGAGUACUGCAGACAGUGGGACAGCAGACUGGGAUGAUGCAGAUCCUGGGUGUGCAGACUUUUGGGGAAGUAGUCCUGUAGAAUCUCAGUCCAAGCUAUCAUCUGAUAAGGAUACUUGUGGAGAGAGAGACUCAGGUGACAAAGACUUCUGGAGUGCAGGAGUACCUGCAUCCAAACCUACUUCUAUGGAACCUAGUUUCAGAGAUGAAGAAACUCCAUCAUCCCUGGAAAAAAUAAUCUCCCCCAGGGAUUUUGAAGUGAAACAUUGUUCAAAAGAGCAAAACACUGAAAUUAUGCCUGAUGUUGGUGCCAAAAAAAGUCUGGAUGUAAAUUUAAAUACAGUGAAAAAUGCAGAAGCAGUAGUGGAAAAUAAGAACAAAUCAGAAUUACCCCAGGAAUCCCAUGUGGUAUACAGCAGAUUCAAUGACGAAAGUGUUGGACUGGCAGACAGUGUGCCUAUGUUUGUGAUACCUGACAGUGAUGAAGAUGAACAGGACAGUGAAGGGAGAGUAUAUCACACUCAGACACGAUGGAAACCUGUGUUAAAACAAGAUCCUUUUCCACAGCAAGAGACACUUCAUCUCAGCUAUGAGGAGGCUUUUUUCUUGUCUUUUGGACUGGGUUGUCUCAGAAUUGUGGAUUCACAGCAGAAUGCUCUUAAUCUGACUUCAAUGUGGAAGGAAUUUUGCAAGCGACAGCCAAGCUUCCUUCCAAACUAUAUUGCUUACCACUAUUUUCGCAGCAAAAACUGGGUCCCCAAGCCAGGACUUAAAUUUGGAUGCAACUUUUGCUGUACAAGGAUGGACCACCAUUUUACCAUGGAAGUUACUCAGUUGUUGUGAAAUUUGUGGACACACAUGGGGAAGAGAUACGUGGUUAUCAACCACAGCGUUGUUUCUCCUGGACAUCACUAGCAGGAUUAAAGCGUAUUACAGAGCAUGUUGGAAAGGAACUGAUGUUCUGCUAUGUAAUAAAACCAAGGGACAUGACUGCAGAAGACAUGAUGUCACCAAGAUGCAUUAGUUACUUUCAAGUAAAGGAAGUCCUUGUAUCAAGAUGGGUGUCAUCACAAGAAAGGGAGCGUAAAGAACUAGAGGAUAUUCCUUAAGACAGGAUCUGCCACUUCAUGUUUUCAUAAGAUGUAAUUUGUGCAGCGAAAAAAAGUUGAAAAUGAAGAAUGAAUAAAGAAUAUUUUGCAUGAA